AUGAGCAAAAACAAAGAAAGAACAGCCACAAAAAAAUCAUCAGAGGAAGCAGGCUCCUCAGUAAAGCCUGAAGAUUUAUUUGCAACAGGAACAUCAUCGGACUCAAACGAUGAAAUAAACGAUGGAUUGGUGAUGGAUGAAUCUAUUCGGAAAGAAGAGGAACAUGAAAAUAAUGAAACCACAAAAAACUCUGAACCCGAUUGGUCCGUUCAAUUGAGAAAAGAGGAACAAAAAUUGAAGCAACUCAUUGCUGAUUCGAAUUGUGAAAUGGACGAGAGUAAAACUCUCACUGUUUUGCAGAUUCAGGAAUUAUACAGCAUUGCAAAGAAGGAACACCAGCAAGCACAAACAAAUCAAGACUCUGAUGAGGGAGAACAGUUUGAAAAGGAAUUCGUUGAGAAGGGUACAAUUAUGGAUAAAAUUGCAGCUCUUUCAUUGCUGGUCCAACAAAAACCAAUUUACAGAUUGCAUUACAUUGACGAAUUAGUGAAGAUUUGUCACCAUCCAAAAAAUCACAGAGCUGCAGAGUUGGCCGUAAAGACAUGUACAGACUUGUUCCAAAACUUACUUCUCACUACGAGACCUUUGUUGAACUUUAAAGAACGAGAGGAGAAUGGCUCCUCAAUUUCAUCCAUUUCCAUGUCAUCUAUUUAUCAAGCAACACAUCAUUUUGAACGUUUAAACAACAAGAAAAAGAAGAAGGAAAACAUGCAACAGGUAGGACUUGUGUUGGCCUCAUGGUAUUUUGAAGAACUUUUGAAGAAGAAAUAUCAAAGUUUUAUCAACGAUGUUUUAGCUGAGAACAUCAAAGAGAAAGCAAACUCACUUGAUGUUGUGGUCAUUAGAACAAUGAGAAAUAUUCGCGACUUGAUAAAACGAAGCCCUGAACGAAGAGACACCUUACUCACUCUUCUAAUCACGAAAUUUGCAGAUCCUAAAAAUUCCAUCAAUGCAAGAGCUCUCUACUACUUGACUGCUCUUGUGAACUCACGAGUGGAGAACAAUCCUCAUUACGUCCCAAGUCUAGACAAGAUGUAUUUAUGCAAAGGUGUUUGCGAAUUUUUACUCAAUGCCAAGAUGGAUCCAUCCAAGAGAGCAUUUGCUGCCUCAUUUCUCACGAACAUGACCUAUACUCCAGAUCACGACAAUCACAUUGCAGAAUUUGUUUUGAAGAGUUGUGUGGAUGUUUUGAAGAAGGAAUAUGGAGAUCUUAUUUCUACUCAGAAAAAGAAGAAGAAAGAAGAAAAGAAACACACUCAAUUGACAAACUCCUCAUUCCUUGGCUCAUUGCUCUCUGGCAUGUUUAAGAGUUUAAAACAUUGUAGAACAGCAUUCAUAGCGGACGCAGAAACUUUGGAUUUACUGUUCAAGAUUGCUAGAAUUACUCCUCUCGUGACAUCUGUGAACGCAUGCAAGCUUAUUUAUGCCAUUGCAUUCAUUUCCAAUGACGAGAAAGUGCUAACUCGAUUCUACACCUUACUCUACGACAAGCUACUUGACGAGGGACACACAGGUUCGAAAGUGCAAACUUUACUUCUUGUGGUUUAUGAAACAGUUCGUGAGGAUAUUAAUAUUAAGCGAGUUGGUGCAUUUUGUAAGAGAUUAUUACAAAGUUGUUUCACAUGCUACAACCCUGGAUACACAGCAGCUGUGCUUAUGGUCAUUGACCAAAUUCUAAAGGUCAAGCCUGGUAUUUAUCUCAGCAUGCUUCAACAAAAGAACUUUUUAACUAAAGAUUCCAAUGCAAAGUCAAGAAAUGAGUCUGCCGAAGAAGAUGAUGAGGAAGAAGCAUUCCAAGACAUUGACGAUGAAGAUACAAUGAAGCAAGAAGAGGAAAAACCUAAAGAAACAAUCGUUCUUUCCAAAGAUAAUUCUGUGAAAAUUGUUGACAAUGAAAUUGUGAUUGAAGGGUUCACAAAUAACAACAAGAAAUCUACAACCACUUCAUCCACAACUUCUUCGAAAGAUAAGCAAGACGAAAAGAAAAAGACUAUACCAUCACAGAAAGCUAGAGGCACUAAUCCUUUCACCGAAUUUUCAGAAUACGAUCCAACCACACCAAAACCUGAAGCAGCUAAUGCUCUCUCUUCAGGAUUGUGGGAACUAGAUCUUAUCAAGCAUCAUUUCCAUCCUAGCGUGUGUGAAUUUGUGGACAGUUUAGUUUCUCGUUCUGGCCAACCUUUGUACAAAGGCAAUCCGAUUAUUGAUUUUUCAACAACAGCAUUCAUUGACAAGUUAAUGUUCAAGCCAUUCUCAAAGAAAGCCAUGAAAGAAAAGGGUUCUGGCCUCUUCUCGAAAUCUAAAUCAGCAUUGGCAGCUGAAAAAUUGAUCCGAGGUACCUCUACCAUCAAUUCUAAGGAAUUCGCAGAGUUGCCAGAGGAGUUAGUUAAGAGUGACGAGCGAUUCUUCCACAAAUUUAUGGUUGAAAAAUUCAAACGAAAAGACGAAGUUGAAAAAGAAAGAGAAUCACGAGAGGAAAGAAGAAAAGAAGCCAAAGCAAGAGAAGAAGAAUUUCUUAAUGCGAUGGAUGAAGAUUUCGGCUCAGACAACGACCCAUUCGAUGAAUUGGAUGACGAUGCAGUGAUGGACCUUUUGGAACAAGCUGAAGAAAACGCAGAAGAAGACGAAAUCGUUCCAGCAGGAUCAAAGGGUGACAGUGGUUAUGGUUUUGAUGUCACAAGCGUCUCGGAAAAACCAUCUCAAGAUGAAGUUGCAGAGUUAUUAGAAGAGGAUGAGGAUGAAUUAUUAGAACAAGAAAAACAAGAGCUUAAAGAAGAGAAAAACCCUUCCUCAAAGAAACGAAAACAAAAACCAGUUGCAACCAAGUCAGGACAUCAUCAACCACAAAUAUCGGAUAAACUUUGGGCAUGUUCAAGAGAUUCCUUUCAUGAGUUUAAUCAAUACAACAACAAGGGAUGCACUGACGGAUGGUUCAACUUUUCUCAAUUCACUGUGAUUGAAUCCCAGCCAGUGUUUGAUGUUCCACUCAAUGUUCAUCACUCUAUAACAGAGAAUGUGGCUUUUGAUAACUCUAAAAAGCCACCUCAGCUCAAGAAAGCAAAAAAGAAUCAAAAGGUGGCCCAAAAAUUUCAAGCAGACAAAUCCUUGAAAAUUCGUCUCUACCCCAAUGAACAAGAAAGGACAACAUUGAAUCAGUGGAUGGGAACUGCUCGUUGGAUCUACAACAAGUGUUUAGAAUUCACCAACAAAUCCAAAGGUGUCAAGAAAAAUAAGAAGAAUUUCAGAACGUUUGUGGUGAACAACGAUAAUUAUCAGACAGAAAAUCAGUGGGUUGUAAAUACUCCUUAUGACGUAAGAGAUGCUGCCGCUAUUGAAUUGUUGACUGCGUUCAACACUAAUUUUGAAAAGAAGAAGGCUGGAACGAUUGACAAGUUCAUGAUCCAUUUCAGGCGAAAAAAAGAUAGAAAAGAUCAUUUCAUUCUCCAUUGCAAGCACUGGAAAUCAAAGAAAGGACAAUAUUCAUUUAUUAGGAACAUCAAGAGCGCCGAACCUUUGCCUGAGGAGCUUCAGUACGAUUCCAUCAUUAUUAAGAACAAGUUGAACCAUUAUUAUUUAUGUAUUCCACAAGUACUGGAUAUUAGGGGUGAGAAUCAAGCCCCUCAACAUUCAGGACAAGUUGUAGCAUUGGAUCCAGGAGUAAGAACAUUUCAGACCACCUUUGAUUUGAAUGGUUAUUCAACCAAAUGGGGCUCAGGAGGUGCCUAA